AUGUAUCGCCCACGACCCUCCAACCAAGGCGGCGAUGUUACACCGAUAGCAUCGCGCGUCAGCGCAACCUCCGACUCAAUCGACCGUCUGUCGAAACCAUUCAAAUGCCCCGGGUCAGCUACGCCGACUCGAGCUUCAGCCAAACCCGCAAGGAAGCGAAGGAAAGUAAAUUAUGCCGGGGCUGAUGGAGAUGACGACAACGGUGUGAAGCCGUACACCAACGAGGAACGCCUGGCGCUUGCCACUCGAGAUGUCAACAGAUUUCCCGUUUUUAAAGCAAAGGACAAAGAUUUCACAUUCAAACAAAGGUUCAAAGUACCUUUGGUGGACAAGUCGACAGAUGGAUAUGACAGCUCUAGACCCGCACCGACACUGGGGAUGAGACAGGGAGCUACAUUCGUCGUGAAGCCUUUACAUGAUCCGAGUGGAGAGUUUGCGAUCGUGUUAUAUGACCCAACGGUUGAUGAUGUAGAUAAUUCACAACAAGAAAAACCAGCCAAACCAGAUGAUGCCGAAGAUAAGGACCCUAAGCUGGACGAACCCCUGGUACAUAAAAGCCUAGCGGAUAUACUUGGGCUGAAAAAGAAGGUGGAAGAUCGCCCAAAGGUUCCAGUUGUUAUUGAUCCAAGACUGGCAAAGGUUUUACGCCCUCAUCAAGUGGAGGGAGUCAAGUUUCUCUACCGCUGCACUACGGGAAUGAUUGACAAAAAUGCCAAUGGCUGCAUUAUGGCAGAUGGUAUGGGUCUCGGAAAGACGUUGCAAUGCAUUGCUUUGAUGUGGACACUUUUGAAACAAUCCCCCGAGGCUGGAAGAACGACUAUUCAGAAGUGUAUCAUUGCGUGUCCUUCAAGUUUAGUAGGGAACUGGGCCAAUGAGCUUGGAAAAUGGCUUGGGCAGGGUACUAUCACCCCGUUUGCAGUGGACGGCAAAGCGUCGAAGACGGAGCUAAUAACCCAACUGAAACAAUGGGCAAUCUCAUCAGGUCGGUCUGUUGUAAGGCCGGUACUCAUCGUCUCUUACGAGACCCUGCGGAUGUAUAUCGACACAUUGAAGGAUAGUCCAGUUGGACUGCUUCUAUGUGACGAAGGCCAUCGAUUGAAGAAUAAAGAGAGCUUGACCUGGACAGCACUUAAUAGCUUGAACGUGCAACGCCGAGUGAUACUGUCUGGUACUCCCAUUCAAAACGAUCUCUCGGAAUAUUUUGCUCUUCUCAAUUUCGCAAACCCAGACCUCCUUGGGUCACAAAACGAAUUCCGAAAGAGAUUCGAACUGCCCAUUCUUAAGGGAAGAGAUGCAGCAGGCACAGAGGAAGACAGAAAGAAAGGCGAUGAACGUUUAGUCGAACUUUCAGGCAUUGUUAACAAGUAUAUCAUUCGGCGGACAAACGACAUCCUGUCGAAGUACUUGCCCGUCAAAUAUGAGCAUGUGGUGUUCUGCAACCUGUCACAAUUCCAACUCGGCCUGUACAAACAUUUCAUUGACAGUCCCGAGAUAAAAAGUCUUCUCAGGGGAAAAGGAAGCCAACCCCUGAAAGCGAUUGGACUGUUGAAGAAACUGUGCAACCAUCCAGAUUUGCUUAGCCUUUCUAAUGAUCUUCCGGGUUGCGAGCACACAUUCCCCGACGAUUAUGUUCCCCUCGAAGCAAGAGGCAGAGACAGAGAUGUCAGGCCUUGGUAUUCAGGGAAGAUGAUGGUUCUUGACAGGAUGCUGGCUCGAAUACGCCAAGAUACGAACGACAAGAUUGUCCUCAUCAGUAACUAUACACAAACACUUGAUGUAUUUGAGAAGCUCUGCAGGUCAAGAGCGUACGGUUCCUUGAGACUGGACGGUACCAUGAACGUGAAGAAACGCCAGAAGCUUGUCGACAAGUUCAAUGACCCCAAUGGCGAAGAAUUUGUGUUCCUUCUCAGCAGUAAAGCCGGUGGGUGUGGUCUGAACCUGAUCGGUGCUAACCGCCUGGUGUUGUUCGACCCCGACUGGAACCCGGCGGCUGAUCAACAAGCACUCGCACGAGUCUGGCGUGACGGUCAAAAGAAAGAUUGUUUUGUUUACCGCUUCAUUGCGACGGGCUCCAUUGAAGAAAAGAUAUUCCAACGCCAGUCUCACAAACAGUCUCUUUCCUCCUGUGUGGUAGACUCAGCCGAAGAUGUCGAGCGGCACUUUUCUCUGGAUUCCCUCCGUGAACUGUUCCAGUUCAAGCCGGAAACAACGAGCGAUACACAUGACACUUUCAAGUGCAAGAGAUGCAGACCUGAUGGCAUGCAGCAUAUUAAGGCCCCAGCUAUGCUCUAUGGCGACACCAGUUCAUGGAAUCACUUUGUGAACAACGGAGAACAGGGGCAGAUGAACCAAAUCCAAGACCUCCUUAUUCGGCAAGAGACUCAGGAGCGAGAUGUCUCUGCAGUUUUUCAAUACAUCAGUCAUUGA